UGUUGCAUUUCUCAACUUUCAAGCAGUCAAACGCACAAAACUUCGCAGAUGCCAUUGUCAGAGAAUACCGACCCCACCGUUCGUCAUCUCUUCCCAGCAUAGUCAGAAUACCUACGGCCUUCGCCGUUCCAUGCUCUUCGUUGCCGCCUUCAAACGCGAGAUCAUCGACUUCUGUACGGCCUCGAGGCACCGCCGCCCAGCAGCAGUGCAGUAAUAUCAACAGUAAGACGCCUUCCCCGGGCAAUGGCUCCUGUAACGGAGCCGUCACCGGACGCUACGGCAGCGAUCCUUUCGCAGCUCUUUGAGGAAUCGUCGCAGUUCCGACACUGGAAAUUCACUCCGGAAGAACUUCGGCACCUUCGGGAGAAAGUGAAUCGCGAGGGGGCGGAACGAGUGCGAAAAGCCUAUGCUGAGCAAUCGGCAAUUAGUGGUAAAGAUGAGCCAAUACCGGAAUGCAUUUCAUGGGAGGAGCAGCAGAGGUUGAGCCAGUUUUAUGUCAACCGACUGGUGAAGUUUUGCAAAGCGAUAAAGCCUCCAUUAGAUCGGUUUGUUCAGGCAACUGCCGUAGUGUUCUUCAAACGAUUCUAUCUGAGGAAUACCAUGAUGGACUAUGACCCCAAAGUAUAUUUCUUAACCUGUCUCUUCCUGAGCACCAAGGUCGAAAAUCAAUAUAUACCCCUCAGAGAUUUCCUUGCGCAAAUACCGAAGGCCCCCACUGCCGAGGUCAUGAAAGAUUAUGAAUUCCAACUUUCGCAGGGCAUUCGCUUCGAAUACCAGGUGCAUCACCCAUUCUGGCCUUUGCAUGGUUUCUUCCUAGAUGUACAGAACUAUAUACUCUCGGCACACCCAAAGGCAGCGCAUGACCUCCAUCUGCAGCGAUUGACAAAGACAUAUCAUAGGGCAGAGCAAUUCGCCGCGUUGGCCACGUUAUCGGAACUGAUUUUCACACACAUGCCUGCUCAGAUCGGCUUUGGGUGUUUAUUAGCUGCCUCGAGAGAAAAUGAUUUCGAAAAGGAGUUGGAGAAAUAUCUCACAUCGAGGUUUCAUGCGGAGGCGGACAACCUGGCGCGACUGCGCGUCGAGAUGGAGGCCAUUGUUGAUAUUGUCACGAAACAGGGUGAUAUCAACGUGCCUAAAGGGGAAGCAAAGGACAUCGAUACGAAGCUGGACAAAUGCAAGAAUCCGGAGUUCGACCCAACCAGUGAACUCUUCAAUCACCGAGCGAUAGAUGAAGAGCAAGCCAAACAAGAGCGGUCGGCUCUGAAAUCUCUAUCACGGCAAGCAAGCGCGGUGGAUGACGCCGCAUUCUUUCUUUGAUCCGUGCUUUCGACGGCCGACAUGAAUAGAGCCACUGUUUACCGGCUAUAACGUAGACAUCAGUACCACCGUAGUCACACCUGUAGACCAAUGAUGAAAAUGGCGCAUUCUUGAUUGUCAGGUGUGGCAGAGAGCCUCAAGUUGUGGGGUGCGGGUGGGGUAGUACAGUAUGUGGGGGGACGCUCCAUUUUCGCUUGCUGUGUCACUGUAAUCAAAGCCACCACUGUCUAAAUA